AUGUUUCGUCUAAGGGCAUAUUCUUCAUGCGCCAUUGGAUUCCAUGUUUUUUUAAACACUAGGCGUUCACUAUCAAUCGAGGAGUCAGCAGAGCGAGAAAAGGAAAGGACACUAAGAGAAAAAGUUCUUGCGAGAUAUCGUGGUACGAAUUUCCCGGAAUUAGUCAAUAUUCGCUAUGGGCAUUUCGCAGAAAAAGAGGGUGCGACGCGCUCUGCUGCGUCGCAGGCUUAUCGUGCGGUAAGUCAGGACCGCUUCUUUGGACAAAAUGCCUCAAGUGGUAGGCAGGGUGUGGACUGGUUUAUGCUUUUUACGGGAUUAGCACUAUUUUAUGUGUCAUCUAAAAUGUUGUUGCAGCGUCUUUCAGGCACUUCCUUGGAUGGUGCAAGCGUGCCCUUAUGGACUGCAAAUCCAGAAACACAGGCCAAAUUUUUGCUUUUUUCUCUUCAAUUUGACCCCAAUAACCGUGAACAAAUCCAGCAAGCGUAUCACAGCGUUCGUCAAGCGUAUCCGUUCACGGAUUUUUUCCAGUGGUUGCGGGUUCAACACCCCGAAUAUGGCCAAGGCAUCGUUUUCAGCUAUGAAGCAGCCGUCAACUCUCUGGUUACUAUUAUUUCCAGUGGUGAUUCUUGGGCACUCAUGAACUUGGCUCGUGGGUUCCAAAAUGCUCUUAAAAAGCGCAAUACCAACUCGGCACAAAGAAUCGAUGAUUUUUUGACGGAUGUGGGAGCUUUGGCUGGCGCUCAGUCUCCAGGAAGGUAUUCAAUGCUUCCUGGGUACGCACCACCACAGCCACCUCUCCAACCUUUGCAGUUGCAUGGGGAUGAACCAAUGAACAUACAGGGCGCAAUUGAAUCUCCUCCCAGCGAGAGCCACGGUUCGGUUCCCUUUCAGUAG